GAUCUCCCUCCCAGAACCAGCAUCGACUCUACCAGCGCAUCUUCCAAACUCGUCUCCUCCAACCCUGGAUCGUUAUCAAGCUCCUCUUCGCCCAACGUCGACUGGCUCGUAGCCCGGGUUCAGCAGCUCGAGGAGAAGCUUGCCAAAGCCCUGCGCAUCAACGACGCCCCAGACGGGCAAAAGCGACUCCAGUCUACUCCAGAGACGGCAGAGCCAGCAGAGGGAUUCGUGUCCAAGUCGCGGUAUUUCGGGCACAGUCACUGGUUGUACGGGGUCAACAUUCUUUCUGUUGAGCGAGAUCUUGUUGGCCCAGAGAAAGUGAAGCAGGGCGAGUUAUGGACCACCCUCGGCAGAUGCAAAGCCCUCGGCCGCAAGAUCAAGAAGAACCGCCUCAAGCCUCUCUCCUCUACCAAUUUAGGGGCGCAAAUCCCCGAACGUGAGCUGGCGGAUGUGCUGGUCGAAAACUAUCUUCGCACCUUUGAAGGCGUCUUCCGCGUCGUGCACAUCCCGACGUUCCGGGCUGAGUAUGAAAGGUUCUGGGAGAGAAGCCACCGGUCCAACGAGUCCUUUGCGAUUCUGCUCCAGCUCGUCAUGGCUCUUGGAGCGGCGCUGUAUGACGACGUCUUCUCACUGAGGCCCAUGGCGACGCAGUGGAUCUUUGAAGCCCAAAUGUGGCUCAUGAUGCCGCCGGAGAAGAAGAGAAUGAACUUUGAAGGCAUCCAGAUACAGUGUCUCCUGCUUCUCGCCAAAUCGACGUGCAACGUGGGCGGAGACAUGGUCUGGAUGAUGGCCGGCAACCUGGUGAGGAACGCCAUGUUCGUGGGCCUCCACCGUGAUCCGCAAUAUCUGGGGGAUCUGACGGUAUAUCGAGCCGAGAUGCGGCGGCGUCUGUGGGCGACUGUGUUGGAGCUGAAUCUGCAGUUCUCCUUUGAAGGCGGUGGCUCGCCACUGCUCUCUGCGGCACAUUACGAUACUCUUCCUCCUGCCAAUCUCAAUGACGAUGAGCUCACGGAUGAAAUGGACGGCGCCAGAUCAACGGCCAAGAGCCCAAAGGUGCCAACACAAACCUCGAUCCUCAGGGCUCUAGUGGCCACAAUCCCCCUGCGCAUGAACCUCAUCACGCACGUCAAUAGCACGAAACCAGGCGACCAUUACGAAGAGACGCUGCGACUGAAUUCGGACCUGACAAAAUCGUGUCGUUCCAUUUCCGAAGCUUUACUCUCUCUCCAGGCUGUACCGAACUCUCCAAUCACACCGUUCCAUGUCCUGGUGACAGAGAUUCUCCUCUACCGCUGCUUCCACGCCCUUCACCAGCCCGUCAUUGUCAAGCAUUUAGACGACGCCAGGUUCUACUUCUCCCGCCAGAUGUGUCUCGACAGCGCAAUGAAAAUCACCCACAUCUGGGGCCUCCCCGAGGCCUGGUCCGGAGACAAGGAGACAGCCAGCAAAGCCAUGGAUGCCGACCUCAAGCGGCUCGUCACCAACGGCACCGGCAUUUUCCGCAACGUCGCGACGCAGGCCAUGAUCAUCCUUCAGAUCGAGCUGCUCAACGCCAAAGCCGGGCAGGCCACCAGCCUGGGCUACCUCCCGACCGUCGGCAGCGCCAAUCUGCACGCUCGCCUAGACGCUACGCGGACGUGGUCGCUCGAGCGAGUGCGCGCGGGGGAGACCAACAUCAAGGGCAUCAUUCUCAUGACGGCGUGCCUCGCGCACGUCAGGGCACUGGAGCAGGGCGUCGACGCCAAGCAGAAGACGCGCAUGAUGUUUGAGGCGGCCUCGGAAAUUAGCCAGCGGUGUCUGGAGAUUCUCAAGGAGGUGGCCGAGCGGGAGGGUCUGCCGAGGAGCGAGUGGGAGGACGAUGGGGCGGCCAUCCUGGACGAUGCUUCGGUGUCGAGCAUGGCGAUGGACUGGAUGCAGGAUUGGAACUGGGAUGACGGGCAGGGGAUCUCAUUUCCGCAGUGGGAGGCUGAUUUCGAGGGAGACGAGGUGGUGGUGGAUGACUUGGGGUUUGAUGUUGGGGAGUUUUGA